AUGGUUUCCGCUCAAACUACCGAAAAGGUCAAGCAAUUAAUCAAGACUAAGCCAGUUUUUAUUGCCUCGAAGACUUACUGUCCUUACUGUUCUGCAACUAAGAAGACCAUUGAACAAAUCACCAAAGAAGCAUAUGUUCUUGAAUUAGAUGAAGAAGCCGACGGUGCUGAAAUCCAAGAAGCUUUAUUGGAAUUGACUGGUCAAAGAACUGUUCCUAAUGUUUUCAUUGGUGGUCAACACAUUGGUGGUAACUCCGAUGUUCAAGUUUUGAAAUCCCAAGACAAGUUGGAAGAAAAGAUUAAGGCUGUUUUGUAA